AUGGAGAAGUCAAUAACUAAGCGCUCAAAUGAAGAAGUACUAAAACAAGUGAACGAAUAUAAAUCCUUUUAUGAUACGGAUGGAAAAGAAACAACUACCAAACGCAAAGAUAAUUACACAGACUUAGUGGUUGAUUAUUAUAGUUUAGCUACUGAUUUUUAUGAAUAUGGAUGGGGACGAAGUUUUCAUUUUGCUAAUCGAUUUAAAGGCGAGACAUUACAAGAAAGUAUACAACGUCAUGAAUCUUAUCUUGCAUUACGAUUAAAUUUAAAAGCGGGACAAAAAGUCCUAGAUAUUGGGUGUGGUAUUGGAGGUCCGUUGAGGAGAAUUGCGAAUCUUUCCGGUGGGCAUAUAACAGGUUUAACCAUCAGUAAUUAUCAAAUUCAACGAGCAAAAGCAAUAGGCAUUCCGGCUAAUUGUUCAUUUGUUCAAGGCGAUUUUAUGAAAAUACCUUUUGAGGAUAGUACUUUUGAUCAUACGUAUGUUAUAGAAGCUGUAUGUCAUGCUCCAGAUAAAGCGAAAUGUUUUUCCGAAGUAUUUCGUAUUCUAAAACCUGGAGGAUAUUUUAUUGGCUAUGAUUGGUGUUUAACAGAUUCUUUUGAUCAACAAAAUCCACAACAUAUUGAAACAAAAAAGCUUAUUGAAGAAGGCAAUGCUUUGCCCGAGCUGCGCACAAUGAAAGAACUUGUGUCUGAUUUACGAUCAGUUGGAUUUAUGAUAGAAGAAGCAGAUAUACUAAAAAGCGAAGUACUAUGGUAUUUACCGUUAAAAGGGGAAAGUAUUUUAUCAAUAAAUGGAUUUCGCAGCUCGAAUAUUGGUAGAUGGCUGACAAAGAACUCUGUUUGGCUGAUGGAGAAAAGUGGUUUUGCAGCAAAGGGAUCUUUAGAUACACUUGGAGUGCUAGAAAAAGCUGCUCAAGGACUUAUUCGUGGAGGUGAAAGUGAAAUAUUUACACCCUAUUUCUUUUUUCUUGCUCAAAGGCCACAUCAGAAAGCUUAG